UCCAAGCAACUAAUGAAACAAAUGUGAAUAUUCCUCAGAUGGCUGAUACCCUUUUUGAGCGAGCAACAAACAGUAGCUGGGUGGUUGUGUUCAAAGCCUUAGUGACCACGCAUCACCUAAUGGUUCAUGGCAACGAGAGAUUCAUUCAGUACCUGGCAUCUAGAAACACGUUGUUCAACCUCAGCAAUUUUCUGGACAAAAGUGGAUCUCAUGGUUAUGACAUGUCCACCUUUAUACGGCGUUAUAGCAGAUACUUGAAUGAAAAAGCAUUUUCUUACAGACAAAUGGCAUUUGACUUUGCAAGGGUGAAGAAAGGAGCUGAGGGUGUAAUGAGAACGAUGGCUCCAGAAAAGCUGCUGAAGAGCAUGCCCAUACUACAGGAACAGAUCGACGCACUACUUGAAUUUGAUGUUCAUCCAAAUGAACUGACAAAUGGCGUCAUAAAUGCUGCAUUCAUGCUUCUAUUCAAAGAUCUUAUCAAACUUUUUGCUUGCUACAAUGAUGGGGUUAUUAACUUACUAGAGAAAUUUUUUGAAAUGAAGAAGGGCCAAUGUAAAGACGCUCUUGAAAUCUACAAACGGUUUCUUACUCGCAUGACCAGAGUAUCCGAGUUUCUUAAGGUUGCAGAGCAAGUUGGAAUUGACAAAGGCGAUAUCCCGGAUCUUACUCAGGCUCCUAGCAGUCUUAUGGAGACCCUUGAGCAACAUCUAAACUCAUUGGAAGGAAAAAAACCUGGCAACAGUGAAGGAUCUGGGGCUCCUUCUCCUCUGAGCAAGUCUUCUCCAGCUACAACUGUUACAUCUCCUAAUGCUACCCCGGCAAAAAGUAUUGAUACAUCUCCUCCAGUUGAUCUUUUUGCAACUUCAUCUACAGCUGCACCAGUCAGCUCUUCCAAACCAUCUAGUGACCUUCUGGAUCUUCAGCCAGAUUUUGCCUCUUCUGGGCAAGCGGCUCCAGCCCCUGCCGCUGCUGCUGCUGCUCCUGGAGCAACUUCAUGGGGAGACCUCUUGGGAGAGGAUAAUCUGGCUGCACUUUCCGGUGUUACCUCUGAGCCACAGAUUUCAGAUCCAUUUGCCCCAGAGCCUAGUGCAACUACUGCUGCAACUACUGAUACUGCAACUACUUCAGCUGCUGCUACAACUGCAACUAUUACUGCUACCACUGCUGAGGUGGAUCUCUUUGGAGAUGCCUUUGCAGCUUCUCCUGGGGAAGCCCCUGCAGCAACUGAAGGGGCAGCAGCACCAGCUACCCCAACCCCUGUAGCAGCAGCUCUUGAUGCAUGUUCAGGAAAUGACCCCUUUGCCCCAUCCGAAGGUAGUGCAGAGGCUGCUCCCGAGCUGGACCUCUUUGCUAUGAAGCCAACAGAGUCUGCUGCUCCUGUAGUUACCCCUACAACUAGUGCAGCCGCUCCAGCUCCUGCAACUGCUCCUUCUCCAGCUGCUGCUGUUGCUGCCGCUGCCACUGCCACUACAGCUACUGCCACCACCACUACUGCCACCACGUCUGCUCCCGCCACCACCUCCGCUCCUCCUGCUCUAGAUAUCUUUGGUGAUUUAUUUGAGUCUGUUCCCGAUGUACCUGCUGUACCUGCAGCACCUAAACCUGAUGCUACACCUAGCAUAGAUCUGUUUGGUACAGAUGCUUUUUCAUCUCCACCACAUGGAGCUUCUCCUGUGCCUGAGAGUUCUCUCACUGCUGAUCUCUUAUCUGUGGAUGCAUUUGCAGCCCCCUCUCCUCUACCCACUGCCUCUCCAGCAAAGGUGGAUUCUUCAGGUGUGAUUGACCUAUUUGGUGAUGCUUUUGGAAGUAGCGCUGCUGAACCCCAACCCGCAACCCAGGCUGCUUCUAGUUCCUCAGCUUCUGCAGACCUACUGGCUG